AUGCCUCCACUCCCCGAGCCGAAGGGAAACACGGAGGAUGAAGUGAAGAGAUCGGAGGAAUUCUUGAACCAGCUGAGCUUGGGAAGCACAGCCACCGGGACCCCGCUGACCCGCGAUACUGCGCGGUUCGAGGCCAGCCGCUCCAGAUCGGGGUCUGCAUCGCGACAUCCAGAAGCAGAGGUGCCUGGAGAUGGAUGUCAUCUCUUAGAAGAAGAGGAGGUGGGACCAAAGCCAGGGCUUUCCUACUGGUAG